UGACGUGACAACCCCAUGACCAGGCAGGCCAGCCCCCAAGUGGCCACACCCUGUGCUUCUGUCUGUCCUCUAAGCACCGAGGUCCCUCCCUCUGCACAGCCAGUGCCAGAGGGAGACGCCAUGACCCCCAACCUCACGGCCCUGCUUCUCCUCAGUCUGAGUGUGGGCCCCAGGACCCGAGCGCAGGCAGGGACCCUCCCCAAACCCUCCAUCUGGGCUGAGCCAGGCUCUGUGGUCCCCCGGGGUAGUGCUGUGACCAUUUGGUGUCAGGGAAUCCUGGAGGCCCAAGUGUUCUUUCUGGAUAAAGAGGAACACUCAGGGUUCUGGGAUGUUAAUUUCCCAAAGAAGCCUGGGAACACGGCCAAGUUCUCCAUCACACACAUGACAGAUAGACCUGCAGGACGGUAUCACUGUUCCUAUCGAAGCCCCGAUGGCUUGUCAGAGCGCAGUGACCCCCUGGAGCUGGUGGUGACAGGAUUCCAUGGCAAACCCUGUCUCUCAGCCCUGCCCAGCCCCAUCGUGACCUCAGGAGGGAAGGUGACCCUCCAGUGUGCCUCAUGGGAGAAAUUUGACAGGUUUGUCCUGAGGAAGGAAGGAGAACCCAGGCCCUCGUCGACCCUCGACUCCCAGCGACCCACCAGUGGGCAGUUCCAGGCGUUUCCUGUGGGCCCCGUGACCCCCAACAUCAGGUGGACAUUCAGAUGCUAUGGCUAUUUCAGCAAAACCCCCCAGAUGUGGUCCUACCCCAGUAAACCCCUGGAGCUCCUGGUCUCAGGAACUUCUGGGGGCCCCAGCCCCCCACCCACAGGACCUGGCUCCACAGAGAGUCUUGAAAAGUACCAGAAAAUUGUGAUCGGGGCCUCUGUGACCUUAAUCUUGCUGCUUGCCCUCCUCGUCCUCCUCCUCCUUCUCCGACUCUGGCACCAGAAAAAAUGCUGCAAGUCAGGUGCUCUACAUCCUGAGGCUGAGACCAGAGCCCUGCAGAAAAGCUCCGACUCCGUGGCUCCCGUCCAGGAGGAGAAGCAGGAUGCUGAGGUGAGAGAGUCCCAACCUGAGGAAGACAGACAGAUGGACAGUCGGGCUGCGGCAUCUGAAGACCCCCAGGAUGUGACCUAUGCCCAGCUGAACAGCCCGAAUCUUGAACAGGAGACAAGUGCACCCCCUUCCUCACGGGCAGGGGAGCUGUCCGCAGAGCCCAUCAUGUAUGCCACUCUGGCCAGGAAGGACGCACACCCCACACUCCAGGGAGGGGACUGCAGGAACCCCAGGACGCAGUGUGAACCCGUGAGUCAGACAAGUGAUGUGCCUCCGUGGCACGGCGCCACCUCCGUGGUGCACGGCUGCGUGGUCCUUCUGGCCAGGGCCAGAGGCAGAGACGCCAUGACCCCCACCCUCAUGGCCCUGCUCCUCCUCGGGCUGAGUGUGGAACCCAGGACCCAAGUGCAGGCAGGGACCCUCCCCACACCCUCCAUCUGGGCUGAGCCAGGCUCUGUGGUCCCUUGGGGUAGCGCUGUGACCAUUUGGUGUCAGGGGACCCUGGAGGCUGCGGAGUUCUAUCUGGAUAAAGAUGGACACUCAGUGCCCUGGGACAGACAACCCGCAGUGGAGCCCAGGGACAAGGCCAAGUUCUCCAUCAUAUACAUGACAGAGCAGUAUGCAGGCCAAUAUCACUGUUCCUAUCGGAGCCCCGCUGGCUUGUCAGAGCGCAGUGACCCCCUGGAGCUGGUGGUGACAGGUUUCCAUGCCAAACCCACUCUCUCAGCCCUGCCCAGCCCCAUGGUGACCUCAGGAGGGAAGGUGACCCUCCAGUGCACCUCAUGGACGGGAUUCCAUAGGUUCGUCCUGAUGAAGGAAGGAGAACCCAGACCCGCCUGGACCCUGGACUCCCAGCGACCCACCAGUGGACAGUUCCAGGCUCUGUUUCCUGUGGGCCCUGUGACCCCCAGGCUCAGGUGGACCUUCAGAUGCUAUGGCUAUUUCAGAAACACCCCCCACAUGUGGUCACUCUCCAGUGACCCCCUGGAGAUCCUGGUCUCAGGAGCAGCUGACACCAUCAGCCCAUCACAAAACAAGUCAGACCACAACACUGCGUCCCACCCCAAAGAUUACACAGUAGAGAAUCUCAUCCGCAUGGUCAUGGCUGGCUUGAUCCUGGUUGUCCUCGGGAUUCUGCUAUUUCAGGAUCACUACAGUCAGAGAGGAAUCCAAGAUGCAUCCAGGAGGUAAACUCAAGAGAGAACAAUGCAACGAUCAGAAUGACAGAGUCUGGGAAGCACAUCUUAUGUGCCCAGGAAUUUCUGGAAGAGUAUGUGAGGCAUGUGCUGUGGGAACUGUCAACAUUCCAUGUUGCCCAGACCAGUCCUCAUCCUCUGU